GCAUGAUGUAACACUUGAUUACAAUAUAGCUAGAGUAUGUACAUAUCUUGCAAUUAUUAUUUUUCCUGUUAGGCUUUUCUUGUCUUUGUUUAGCCAACAACAAAGUUAAUCUAUUUAUCAGUAGUGCAACUCAAGGUAAAGACAGAUACAAUGAUAUACUCCUAGGUGUUAUGUAAAAAGAUCCUCCUGAUCCUGCUGACCCCCUUAAGUCACCAGUUGGUACAGGCCACAGUGCCAUAGCCCACUCAUUCCCUUAACACACACACACACACACACAUACACAUUUGCUUAAGCUUUGCAGCUCCUUAUAACCCUACUUAGCCAAUGUGACAGAAUGAACCAGAAAGUGUGCGGGUCUGAAUGUGUGUGUGAGACAGAGAGAGGCAGCUGAGAUGAGAGUGUGAAGCAGUGAGAGGGAAAACCUAGAGAAAAAAAAAGAAAAGCAGCAAAUCAGAGAGGGGGUGGGGGGAAGUCAGCGAUCACAGCAAACAGGCAGAGCAAAGGAGAAGAAAGAGAGGAGAGAUAAGGGAUAACGUGAGUGUAUUAUCGUUGAUAGUCCUGGAACCAAAGUCAAGAGAUGCAAUGACUAGAUGACCAUCCACUACACACACUAGCAACCUGUCCUGGAGCCUUGACAGGAAGGAACAAGAGAAAUCCACGGACGGUCAAAGGUAAACACUGCUCAGCCAGUACUACGUCACUGGAUCAUGUCGUCUACUGGGUCAAUGAACCACAACAAGCGUCUGGCAUCUGAAACAGACAACUCUCAGAGAAUGCUUGACAAUGAUGCUGCUCAGCACCUGAAGCUCAAGGAGAGGCAACGCUUUUUUGAAGAGGUCUACCAGCAUGACAUGGACAACUACCUGCCCUCUGCACACUUACAGAUUGAUUGCAGGAAACCCCCCAUGGGUAGCAUCUCAUCUAUGGAGGUAAACGUGGAUGUCCUGGAGAGCAUGGAUCUGAUGGACAUUUCAGAUCAGGAAGCCCUUGAUGUGUUCCUUAACUCAGGCGCAGGAGCAGAUGAAGGAGCACUCGCAUCUCCACUCCCAGAAGGUGAAGAUGAGGAUCAAGAUGAGGAUGAAACGGCAGAGGUUGUCUACAGGGAGCGUGCACCUCUGCAACGACAAAGCGAAGUAUACCGCAGCUCACAGUCUCGCAUCUCUUCUACAUCAUCUGGUUCCAGUGACACCAGCGCGGGUGGAGAUGACACCCCUGUGAUCCAGUCCGAUGAUGAAGAAGUGCAUGCUGACACUCUGCUACUGACCUCUGUUCCCCAAACAAGGGAUGAAGAAACAGAGGAGGAAGAUGAUGAGGAAAGAAGCCUUGUACACAAUUAACAGAAAACUGACUUUUGAUUCUGUUAAGCCUGAUUUCUCUCUCUCUCUCUCUCUCUCUCUCUCUGAAUAUUUACAUUUAUUUAUGAUGGGCUGAUAAAAAACCUGCAUGGAUGAACUGGUUUAAAAUUUGCUGUGUCUUUUGAACGUUGGAAUGACUACCAUGGAAUAUAUUGUUCACAGCUAGUACCUUUUAUUGUGGAGUUUCUUUGUGGAGAUCUGUGCAAGUUCUGUGCAAGAAUGCUCAACGGAAGACAUUCCUAGAGGGUAGUGCCAAAAGCUGUCUACACCAAUUAUAUGUGUCAUUCCAUUCUCCUGCACUAACAUGUUCUGACAUCAAGCAAGUUUAGUUCACAUGUAUUCCCGAAGCAGCUGAAAAGAAACCUCUCAUAUUUCAUCAUGAGAAGAACAAGAGUAAGGAAAUUAUGUUUUUCUAAAUCAAACAGAAAAAAAAAAAAAAAAAAAACAGGGGCAAAUGUAUGACCUUUAAAGACACACUACAUAACUUUCUAACUUUAAAACUGCAUUUCAGACUCAUUUGAUGGCGCGUGUGGCAUCUAUUAUGUGCAUUUCUGGAGCCGAUGCUGCCCAGCAGUGUCCCAUGCCUGAGAAACCAGACAACCCAGCUGAGUUUCGCUCUAUUGCGUUACAUGCUAGUAAGUGAAUAUAAACCCACCGGCUGUUUUGAACACACACCGUGUCAGAUUCAGGAAAGAAAUCCAAUAACUAAUAAUAGGAGGAGAUGAAAAGAAAGAGCGAGAGCAAGUGAUGAGAAUCAACAUAAGUUUUACUGGCUGGAGAUAGUUUGCAGUGCAGGAAGGAUGCAAGAUGAAUGCCAAAUUAGCCGUAGGUAGUGGGCGCAUCACUGAGAAAAUCUGCAAAAGUUCUGUAGUAAAUCUUUAAAUAAUGAUUUAAAUUUUAUAAACAGCCCUGAUUUAGAAAAGCUGGGAAUUUUUUUCAGGUUAAACAAACAACAGCAACAACAACAACAACAAAAAAAAAACAUGUAAACUUAAAAGUUUGCUGUGAAUGUUUUAAUGUUCUGAAAAAAGUGUGAUUAUACAAAUGAAUGAUGUGUUGUAAAACAUAGAAAAAAGCAAUAUGGCUUGUUAAAAAAAUGAAUAAAAGAAAUUAGCAGCAACUGAAAAAUAAAAAGUGACAGUAAUGUUUCCUAGUAGAAAAUAGUUAAAAAAAAAAAACAAGAAAAAAGAAUCCUAUAAAGUACAUAAUUUAAUGUAAAGGUCAGAGAAUCCAGAGAACUCCUAAUGAGUAAGAGUUUAUGACAACUCUUAAAAGUGCUACAUUUUAACAGCUGUAAUGUUUGCAAAUAAAUAUUGAGCUUAAAUGUGUUUUGGGCCUGAUGUUUAGCUCAUCUGGUUGAGCGGCCAUCCCAUGUACAGAGGCUACAGCUCCUCCACACAGACACCCCCGCUCUUUGCUGCAUGUCAUUCCUCGCUCUCUUUGACUCCCCUUUUCUGUUAAGCUCCUAUGAAAUAAAGGACACUACAGCCCAAAAAGCGUCUGCCAAAUGACUGUAGAAUAUCAGUUAGCACACCCUCCUGUGAACACUGUCUCCAUUGUGUGACUCACUUUAAAUUGCAGUGAACUUUUAAGUCUGUUGUUUUGUGUCUUCAUUGUUUGCAUUUUUUAGGAUGUCCUCUCUGUUAAAAGCAUAAAAACUUCAAACUGAAAGCCAGUGGCCUCAGGGCUGAUCUGACAGGACAGAUUAAAACGCAAAUAUGGGUAAAUUGCAGGAGUCAUCAAACAUGUAAUAACAAAAUGUCAGUUCAUGACAGCUGAGUCACAGUGAGUAAAGCUCCUUAAAGGCUGCAUUUCUUAUUGUUUGUCAUAAAUCUCUGCUGUGUGCACGUUGAAGUUAUUGUCGGUAUCAUUAAUGGAACUGUAUUUGUUGUUGCAUGCCAUUAUGUUCGUGGUACAAUGUUCUCAAUACUGUUACUAGUAUCACAUUUUUGGACUAGCAGGCAGGAUCUCUCCGGAAAUGAAAGUUGAGAACUGUAUAUGUAUGAGUUUGUGGAGCGUGAAUGGCCGAGAUGAUGUACUUUUUGUGUGUACGUGUUAUCUAAUUUUGUUUACCUGAUUGUAUGGAGGUGAGAAUGACUGAGCAGCUGUGCAGACUUCCCAGGAUAACCCUAGUGUUGCUUUUACAACAACCUAUUUACAGUUAAUAAUAAGUUAAAUCUUUUUCACAUUCAAACCUUUUCCAAGACACACACACACGCACACACACAAAUAAAUAAAACAAACGGUAAACCUGUUGAAUGUA